CCAAUGGAAGUUAGGACCUUUGCCUAGAAAAGAAAGAGUUUUUAGGGGCCAAGACCCCCUACAAAUGAAUUUUUCGGAUGAGUGUUGCGCCAAAGAUUUAGAUUUGGAAGGGAGAGCAUUGAAUACAUUUCAGACUUGCUCAGAGAUGAUCUACAAAGAUCAACUUCAAGGUGCACAGCACUGAGUGUUGAGGAGCAGGUGAUGAUUUCUCUUCGUUUUUUUGCCAGUGGCUCACAUCUUCACGUAAUAGGUGACACUAUGGGCCAUGACAAAGCUACUGUGUCGAGGGUUUUAACCAAAUUUACUGAUGCAUUAAUUGCAAAGAGGGACCAGUUUAUUAAAUGGCCUUGUACGCCGGAUAAGUUGAAUGCAACAAAAAAUGGUUUCUAUGAAAAAGCAGGCUUCCCCAAUGUUAUUGGCUGUGUCGAUGGAACACAUGUACGUAUUCAAGCCCCCGCAGAUGAUGAGCCAACCUUUGUCAAUCUCAAAGGCUUUCACAGUGUGAAUGUGCAAGGAAUUUGUGACCAAAAUUGUAAGUAUUUAAUGGGAUUGAGCUUCAAAGCUGCGUUUCGUCCAUCUUCAUUGCUAACUGGCCUGGGUCAUGUCAUGACGCCCAUGUUUUUUAAAACUUCUGCAGUUGGAAUCCAUCUGCAGGAUCAGUAUAACAGUAUCGAACAAGGUGUUGUUUUAGGAGACAGUGGUUACCCAUGUCGUCCGUUUCUGCUUACACCGUUUAGGCAACCAAGAGAGCAGAGGGAACAGAACUUUAAUAGAGCUCGUAUAACAACAAGAUGCACAAUUGAGAGAACGUUUGGAAUUUGGAAACAAAGAUUUCGACUUCUGAAAACCGGUAUUAGGAUGAGACCAGUUCGAGCAUGCAAAUUUAUUCUAGCGUGUGCGAUUCUACACAAUAUAGCCAUGAUGCUGAAAGAACCAAUAAUAGAUAAUGAUGAUAUUCCAGAGGAACAACCAAAUGAUACAACCAUACAUGGGACAACAAGAUGGCCGAGGAAUAAGGAACCAUUAUGCAACAUUUUUUUUCUCAUAAUAAAAAAAAUGAGUUGA